UUAAUAUUUGAAAAAUAAUAAUAAGAGCUAAUAAUGACUAGUGUGAACCACUUGUGGAGGAACUCGAUGCUUGUAGAGGAGGGGGUCCCGGCUCGCAAUGUCAAUGGGAUCCUAGGACUUUUGUGCAGGGAACAUUUCCCUGGCCUGGUGUGGCCAUCAGAGGAUGGGGACCCAGAGGUACCCUCGUUCGACCAGUACGCCCUUGUCGCCGAUGAUGUUCACAGAAACUUGGCGGCGGAUCGGGUGAUUAUGGAGUUGUGGGACUUCAUUGGAUGCCAGCCAGGACAGGAGGAAAGGGCGUAUCAGGUGGCUUACGCUUCCUGUAAAAGGCGUGUCACAGACUUGUAUUACAAGGCCCGCGUCGAGGCACACGUUGACUAUAACGCCAAGUUCUGCAACAGAAGAAUCAAGAAAACACAGGCAAGAAGAGAGACAGAGAUACUGACAAGGGAGCAGUACCUAAAGGUAAAUAGAAAACCUCCUAUUGAUUUCUUUUGCAAUUAACUAUGCCUAAUUUGAUCUUCUGGAGUCUUGUAGGUGAUUCCAAGGUGGUAUGCCAUCCACCGCGAUUGCUGGGCUGCUAUAGUGGACAAAUGAUUGGACACGGAAUGGCAGAAGAUGCACCAAGAGAAGAGCGACCACUGUAUGAUGAUGCCAGGUGUACCUCACCAUCAGGACACCGCCAGCCUCAGCAAAUACGCAAAGACAUAUGUAAGUCUCCACCAGUUCUCUAAUCUAACCAUGCUCAAUUCUACCUCUCUUCUAAUCACAUGUUGUUUCUCUCGCAGUCGGCGACGCACGGUGGCCAACAAAUUGGCCAACUCACGGCGUAUGCUCUAGCCCACAUGGGUCCGGCAAAGUCCAACAUCGAGUACAACCCGGAUGCGGGCCUAGAGGCGUACACGAACUCCAGCGUCCACACCCGCCUCACUUCGUACACAGAGGCAGCAAGGUCAGUCCACGGGCCGGACUACGAUCCUAGGACCGAGGAGCGCCUUGAUCCUGAGCUUGUGAUGAGGGUGGGAGAAGGUAAGAAGCAUGGGCGGUUCUGGAUAGGCGACGGUGUCCUCAACACGACCUCUACUUUUCCUCUCAACCGCCUCCGAACAGCGAGCACGAGCUCUAGCGUGCCCAUAAGCAAACGACCAACAAC